GAACCUAAUUUAGGAUAUCCAAGACACUGUUUUAGGGCAACAGACGUGUCGUAAUCUCAUAUAAUAUUCCCAGUACAAAUGGAACACACACCGCCUUAUUUUCAAGUUCCAGCCUCUAAGGAUAGACCGAUAGAGGGCAGGCAGUAUCUCUAUUUAUAUAGCGAUAUGUUGACGAGUGCCCAGUCCUGGAAUUCCGAUUGCCUACCCACCGCACUUUCUCAACUCGCGUUGUGAGCUGGCAUAGAUUUGCGUUGCGCUUUGUGGAGUAAAGGAUCCCCUCUUGCCAACCUGGGCCUACUCCUCCACCCUUCCUCCCCAUCAUCUUCACGUCAACCUAAUAUCAGAACUCAGCGCCCAAGCCGGUCCAACGGGUCAUCUCCUGGCAAAAUAAACCCGAGUGACAGUCUGCCAAAAUGGAGUCUAAACUGUGCCGCAAGCUCGUCAAAGGGUUGCUCUCCACGCGCGACUACUCGGGCUGCACCAUCGUUUGCGGCAGCGACCAACACCUGGUGCACAAAGCCAUAAUCUGCCCCCAGUCACCCUUCUUCAAGGCCGCCUUCGCGCAUGAUAUGAAGGAAAACGCCACAGGCACUGUUAACCUCGAGGAAGACGACCCCGAGGUCGUGAAAACGAUGGUUUACUACUUUUACCAUAACGACUAUCAGGCCCCUCCGCGCAACAGUGGUUGUGAGAGCAACAACAACUCCAUAGGCACCGUCCAGCCCCCUGGGCCCAACCUCCUCCACCACUCUCGAGUCUACGCCCUCGCCGAGAAAUACGGCAUCCCAUCGCUCAAAGUCCUGGCGGUCAAGAAGUUCACGGACGAAACCAAUCACUGGCGGAAGCACGAAGACUUCGCCAAGGCCGCGCGAGAAAUCUACACCGCCACGCCCGACCAUGACCGUGGCAUGAGGGAUGCCGUGGUGGAUACGAUCAGGGUGUACCGCGACCUGCUGGAUGAUGAUGACAUCGAGUCGGUUCUAAGGGACACACGGCUUGCGUAUGACCUAGUCAUAGACCUUCGUGACGACCCAGAGUACUGA